GUAUGCACUUCUUGAGCGAGUAAUGAUAAGAGCGAAGAAAAAUUGGGAGGCAUUGAAUGAAAUAUUGAUGUUUAGGUAGUGCUUGCUGAAAACCACUUCAACUCAAAGGAUCGUGAAUACUUAAUAUUUGAUGAAUGAGGUGGGGGAGAUGACAAUCACAUUGAAACGUUUCAUUCACAUGUCACAUACCAUAACCAAAGUCUCUUAUCUAAAUUUUCAGCGUUCUCUUUCACAUGAUGUCAUCAUAUUUUUUCAAAGAAAAUAAGGUUUUUGGUUGCAAAAAUAAAACUUAUGAGGUUUUCCGAAAAAGAAGUGCUGGUCGCAUCAAGACUCAUAGUUCAUAUACAGAUUUACGUGCGUGGUCAUUGGAAUGUGAUCAAAACAGACAAUAUUUUAUGGAAAUUAUGAGUAACGCAGGGCUGCCGACAAGACUUUCAUCCUCUUCCAUCGAUAACCAGAAUAAGAACGACACUACUACCCUACAAGGAUGCAAAGCAGAGUGCACAGAAAACAUGAAUGAAACCCACAGGGACAAAACAUGCACGGUCCUAAUGAGACCACCAAGGAGUGAAACAUGUUGUGAACAAAACUUCGAGCAUGAUAUUGUUGAGGGAAGAGACAAUGUUUUGAAAACUGCGAAUAAUCUGCUGUUGGAAUAUCUCAACACCACGGGCCGUAGCUCUUUGAAUUUUGACAAAAGUGAAAAACAUUAUGGCCAUGAGGGGAGGAAAAGAAUAGCCUCUUUCCAAAGGUGCUUGAAAGUUAUAGAUAACCUUAGUAGACAAAAUGAAUGUUUGCGACGAAUAUCACAACUUCAAGGAACCUGUUCCAACAAGCAUGUAAAAGCAAAGCUAGACUUUUUACGAAAAAGGCUCAACUGGAUGAUGGAAAAAAAUAAAGACUUUGAUGCUGAGUACCAGCUAUUUUCUGAUGAUCCUGAUUGUAGACUAAGAAGUUGCAUGCGUGAUCUCAGGCGGGAGAAUUGCUUGCUGCUUGACUACAUUGACUUUUCAGACAGGUUGUCAGAAAAACUAGCUCAAAUACAAAAGAGAUACCUGAGUCUCUCAAGGAAUCAAAAUUUACUGCUUAAUUGCGUAAAUCAAAUUGAGAGCAUGUAACGAUUAAAACAUACCUGGAAUAUGUCAAAGAGGAGAGUUCAAGAAUUUUAUAAACAAUGAUACAACCUUUGAAAAAGAAUUCCUUAAUUAUAGAUAACUUUAAAUUUUGCAGUGGCCUUGGUGCCAGUUACCCUCUUUCAUAAAGCUGCUUUGCAUUUCUUGUGAACUAAUAUCUUGCAUACAGCUUGAAUUUUACACAUGUGUGUCUCAACGUUCUUAUUGUCCACUCGAAGCAAUCUUAAUAAUAAAAUUUAAUGACUACAGUA